ACAGGAGCGGUAUAAUCGUAAUGUGAGGUAUCGGGCUGCUCGAUUUUCUCCACACUCUAUUAAUGUCGCCUGGCGAGUGCCGAGGACCCCGGAAGUAGAGUGAGUGUCACACACGUGGGUUGUGAGCGGUUGUGAGGUCUGACUGAGCCGGUAGGAGAGAGAGGAAUCUUAAUCAUAGCUAUGGCGGAGUCCGUGACUGCUACCCCGGGGCAGCAGCAGCUCAUCGGCGAGGGCGACUACGUGGUGCUGAAGCGGGAGGAGGUAUUCAAAGCGGUCCAGGUGCAGAGGAGGAAGAAAAUAAUUUUUGAAAAACAGUGGAUAUAUUUGGACAACGCAGUCGGUAAAAGUUAUGGCACAAUGUUCGAGAUAGCAGAAGGUGGAAAUCUUCAGCCAAAGAGAAUUGAAGUGGCUGCAGCAGAGCCUAAGGAAGCCGGUGCUGAUAACCGGAACAUAAUUGAUGAUGGCAAAUCGCAGAAGCUGACUAGAGACGACAUUGAAGCAUUGAAGGAAAAAGGCAUUAAGGGCCAGGAGAUUGUUCAGCAGCUGAUCGAGAACAGUACAACUUUCCGAGACAAGACAGAAUUUGCACAAGAGAAGUAUAUUAAGAAAAAGAAGAAAAAGUACGAGUCACAUAUCACAAUUUUAAGGCCGUCCGCUCGUAUUCUUGCCAUGAUGUAUUAUGCAAGGGAGCCUGGAAAGAUCUGCCAGCUCCGAUAUGAUACACUGGCCCAGAUGCUCGCAUUGGGAAAUAUUCAUGCGGGGAGUAAAGUGAUCGUCAUGGAAACGUGUGCCGGUCUAGUGUUGGGAUCGGUUAUGGAGCGCAUGGGAGGAUAUGGAUCGGUCAUUCAGAUUUACUCAGGUACUGGACCCGUCCGAGCUGCAACCGAUUGCUUUGGAUUUCCAAAGUCCUUCUACAAAACACUCUCUGAGUUUCCUAUGAACAAAGUAGAGAGUCUGAUCUCUGGGACCCCUUGUGGUGCUGUUCCCCCUGAGCUGGACACUGCUCAAGCUGAGGAUGAAAGCAGUGGACCCGCAAAUGAAAAGCAAAAACUUGCUGAAGAUGUGGAUAAGGACUCCAGUUCCACCACAGAAUCUGAAAUGACCACUGUGUCCAAUCAGCUGGAAAAGCAGGAGAUGGAAGUUUGUGGUGAAGACUCAGUAAACCACGAAAGAGCUCAGAAUCCUGAGAAGACACCCUUUGCGAUAGAAAAGAAGCGCAAGCAAGAUGAGAGGAAGCAGAAGGAGUCGGAAGCGGAAAUAUUGUUGCGGGACAGAAACGCUGAUGGGUUAAUUAUCGCGUCACGGUUCUACCCUACACCGCUGCUUCUUACGUUAUUAGAAUUUAUUGCUCCAUCCAGACCUUUUGUGGUGUACUGUCAGUAUAAGGAGCCUCUACUUGACUGCUACACGAAACUUAGAGAGAAAGGCGGCGUCAUUAAUCUCCAGUUUUCUGAAACCUGGCUGAGGAAUUACCAGGUCUUGCCUGACAGAAGUCACCCGAAGCUUGUGAUGAGCAGUGGAGGAGGAUACAUACUUCAUGGUAUUACUGUAGCCAGGGACACCGUAAAGCCCAACAGCAGCCGUCCAGAAAGCAUUGAAGAGCCAGCGUCAAAAAAAUUAAAAUUAACAGAACUUGAAAGUUAAUUUUUUAUUAUUCUAUUUUUUUAUGUCCGAUAAACACACUUCAGUGGAUAGAGGUUGCUCAGCUUAACCAGAACCAGCAUUUGUUUUGUCUUAGUAUGUUUUUUUUUUCCUUUUUAAAUUUGGUACAUUUUGCAUCUUUAGUUACUUGUACAGGAGUAUUUGUAUAUGUACUGAGAUUGUUUUAAAGGACCUGUAUUUCUAAUCAUGUAUGAAAUAAAAGAAUUUCGCCCCCGUAGGUUUUUAACAGUACAUUCCUAGCAACCAUUAAAAGGAGAACCCUAUGUGAAAAAUUAUAAUUUCCUACUUUCUCCAAAGUAGAACAUCUAAAGAUCCUGAAUGCUUGGUCACCUGGUCAACACUCCAGCACUGAUGAUCCUGCAUACUGGAAAAGUCUAGGGAAGGCUUGGCCAACCUGUGCUGUGUCUCUCCAAUUAUUGCACAACACAGCUGUGUUAUAUGCCAGCGCAGUAAAGUAAAUAACUGUCUUCCUGGUGAUAGAGAUACAAGAGCAUACCUCCCAACAUGACCCUCUCCAGGAGGGACAAAAUGCUCUGCUUCUGGAUUUUUCUCUUAAACACUUGCCUGGCAUGGUCGCAUCAGAUGCGACCAUGCCUGCAAGUGCUUUAUCUGACCUGGUCGCAUAGGAUGCGACCAGUCAGAUAGAGUGUUAGCAGUGGCAGGGAACGGAAAAUUCCCUCCGCUGCUGCUGUCAGAGGGACACUCAGCCCCCAGUGUUGCCGUGCUGCCGAUCAUUGCUGAUCGGUCAGCACGGCAGGAUCCCCCACACUCAGCGGCUGCAGAUAAUAGCAGCCGCUUGUAAGUGUAAAUCAUUGCCCCCAAGCCACCCCUGUGUACCUGGCAGCUGUCCGGGCUCUAAAAACUUAAUUUGCGAUGUUCCGAUGUGGGGGGGGGGAAGGGGAAUAUUAAAAAAAAAAUAAAAAAAAUUGUGAGCGUUUUUUUGGGGGGGGAAAUCAUAAGUUAAGUGGUUAAAUGAAGUUUGCCGGCACCUGUUUUGAACAGGUUAAUGAAUAAGAAAGGUGUUUCACCACAGGUGAUGGCAACCAUAAAUUAAGAGGGAAGUCCAGGAGCAGAGCAUUCUGUCCCUCCUGAGGAACAUGUUGGGAGGUAUGGUUAAUGUACUUGAAUGUUUUACUUUUUAAAAUGCUUGUCCUCCCUAAUUAAUUACUAGGUGUAAAAUGUGUUCACAGUAUAGUUUACAACUUGCACUGACACAAGGUCAAAAAUAAAACACGUUGACUUACGUUGA